CUCCGCGACGCCAGCGCGAGGGAGAGCGGCGGUUGAAGGAAUAAGCGGUGCGGCUGCGCGAAUUAGGCCACCUGUGCGCCUGCGCGCAGGCGCCCAGUAACCUGAACGGCCAGAACAAAGAGAGGGAAAGAGCGCGACGAGGGGCAGAGAAUGCUCUAGAACGGACCGCGAUUCCCCGCCCGCAGCGCGCGGCGGUUUCGGGUUCUGCGGCCGAGCGGCUUUUCGCUGCCCCGAGGACCCUGCCACGCAGCAGCGUGUUGGGACCACGCAGGUGGGAGGUGCACCAGACCUGACUCCACUCUGCUGGGCUUUUCAGUGGUGUGAUUCCAUUGAUGUGCAUGGAGUUACUCCUGGUUUACAGAGCUUUAACUCAUGAUGCUAUUUCAGUUCUCCAGCUCUAGUGUUCAAAAUAUUGACUUGCAGUUGGGGACAUUUAUGUCAAUACUUGUCUGAAGCGAGGAAAGGCUGCCGCUUGGUUUAUGACACAUCUUAUAGCUGAAGAACAUUCCUGAUGGCAGGCUCCGUAAAACCAAGCCUGAUGUCUGUUCAUGUUGUAGCCUUUGGAAAUGAGAGAGAUGGAUUUCCUGAAGACAAUCAGCAAUCAAGUCUGAUCUGGACCUAUCUUGGGAGAAGUGCUCUCAUUUCAGCGACUGAAAGCAGUUUGCUGCUGAACUCUGCAAACCAUGUUGGAAAUCCUGUGUUUACUGAAUAUCAAGCCUGUGUGUUUGGAAAUGUCAGACUGGUGGUACAUGACUGUCCCCUUUGGGACAUUUUUGACAGUGACUGGUACACCUCUCAAAAUCUUAUUGGAGGAGCUGAUAUCAUUGUGAUUAAAUACUCUGUAAAUGACAAAUCUUCAUUUCAAGAAGUAAAGGACAGUUAUGUUCCAAUGAUAAAAAGAGCAUUAAAUCAUUGUUCAAUUCCAGUCAUAAUUUCCGCUGUUGGCGCAAGAAAAAGCGAAGUACCUUGUACUUGUCCACUGUGCAGUUCAGACAGAGGGAGCUGUGUUACUGCUUCUGAAGGGAUUCAACUCGCUAAAGAGCUAGGAGCUACUUACCUUGAAUUGCACAGUCUCAGUGAUUUCUAUAUAGGAAAAUAUUUUGGAGGAGUGUUGGAGUAUUUUAUGAUCCAAAGCUUGAAUCAGAAGUCCUCUGAAAAAAUGAAGAAAAGAAAAAAAAGCCACAAGUGCCAUGGAGUUAAACCGCCUCAGCUUGAACAGCCAGAAAAAAUGCCAAUCUUAAAAGGUGAAGCCUCGCAUUAUAAUUCCGAUUUACAUAACUUGCUGAUCUGCUGCCAGUGUGUGGACGUGAUAUUUUACUCAGAAGAUUUAAAGGAAGUAGUAGAAGCACACAAGAUUGUUUUGUGCUCUGUAAGCCAUGUCUUCAUGUUACUUUUCAAUGUGAAGAGUCCAGCUGAUAUUCAGGAUUCCUCUAUCAUAAGGACUGCACAGACUCUGUUUGCAGUGAACAGUGAGGCUGUGUUUCCAGUUUCUAACCAAGGUUCACCAUGCGGCCCACCAGUUAGAGUCAUUGUUAAAGACUCUUUCUUCUGUUUUUGUUUGUCAGACAUUCUGCACUUCAUUUAUUCAGGUGCUUUCCAAUGGGAAUUGUUGGAAGAAGAUAUAAAAAAGAAGUUGAAAGACCCAGGAGAAGUUGAGCUCAUACUUGAGAAAGUUAAAUGUAUCCUGAAAACUCCAGGAAAGGUGAAUAGUGCCAAGAAUUGCAGAUCUCAUCAGACAGCAAGACCCUUGCAGUUAUCUGAUACUUCUCUCAAGCUUUUUUUUAAUACACAUGUCUUAGCUGAUGUCAUCUUCCAAAUACAAGGUGCUACUGUACCAGCCCACAGAGCAGUCCUAGUGGCUCGCUGUGAAGUAAUGGCAGCUAUGUUUAAUGGAAGUUAUAUAGAAGCAAAUAGUUUUCUGGUUCCAGUUUAUGGGGUUUCCAAAGAUACUUUCCUCUCCUUUCUAGAGUAUCUGUACACUGACUCCUGUUGUCCAGCCAGUAUUUUGCAAGCCAUGUCUCUCUUGAUUUGUGCUGAGAUGUACCAGGUAUCCAGACUCCAGCAUAUCUGUGAGCUUUAUAUCAUCACACAGCUGCAGAGUAUGCCUAGUAGGGAAUUAGCGUCUACAAGUCUCAGUGUUGUUAGCUUGCUCAGAAAAGCCAAGUUUCACAACUCUGACUGCCUUUCAACUUGGCUCCUUCAUUUUAUUGCCACUAACUACCUCAUCUUCAGUCAAAAGCCUGAAUUUCAAGAUCUUUCAGCGGAAGAACGCAAUUUUGUUGAGAUGCACAGAUGGCCUUCCAGUAUGUACCUGAAACAGCUUGCAGAUUACAGGAAUUAUAUCAACUCCCAGAAAUGCCACUGCAUAGUAAUGUAACCAGAAGAUUGAUUAUUCACAAAGUGUUCAUAGACUGGAGAAUCACAGGCUGGGAAUUACAUGCAGGCUAUUAAAACUGUAGCAGGGAUGAAAAUAAACAUUUGAGUCCUACUGUACUCUCUAAUGCACUUGCUAAUACUCUUUUCAUUAAUAAUGAAUUACUGUUAUGUUUUAAAGGGAUUAAGAAAUAUACCAUAGGACAGCAUAAGGAGUUAAUCAGGCCUGGUCUACACUACAAAGUUAGGUCAACGUAAGCCGCAUGUGCAUGUGUCUAUACCUAAAUUUGUCUCUUACUGAUGUAAGUGCCCCGUUACAGCAAUGCAGUAGCACUCCCUCACUGAGCAGCAUUAAGCCAUGGUUGAUGUACUGAGGUCGACGCAGCGCAAGUGUAAACACUGCGUUACUUACAUGGAUUCUAACAGCCCUCCAGCAGCUGUUCAACAGUGUCUGACAUUGACCUCUUUGGUCACAAUUGUGAAUGCCAUUGUCCAGGGGUCAUGGAGACUGAAAGACCCUCCCUCUCUUUUAAAACCCUGCAAAUUUUGAAAUGCCUUUUCCUGUUUGUCCAGCUGGAGAGCAUACCUACCAGCUCUCCCAUUGUUGUACGCAACUAUGCAGCUGACCAUGGCGGCCACGUGAUCCAGACACACUCCAGCUUGGAAUAGACAGGAGAUAUUGGAUCUCCUGGGCCUGUGGAGAGAAGAGGCUGUGUAAGCACAGCUAUGGACCAGCCAUGUUUAUCUAUGAACAGAUUGCACAGGGUAUGCAGGAGAAGGAGUAUGACAGGCCAGCUGCAGUGCUGUGUGAAAGAGAAGGAAUGGGUUAGCCAUAUCGAGAGGCCAGCAGUCAUUCUGGUGCUAACCCGCAGACCUGCCACUUUUACAAAGAGCUGCAUGCCAUAAUUGUCAGAGACCCUACUGAUAUCCCACACAUAACCAUGGAUACCUUUGUGGAGCCACAGGUCCCUGGCAUGAACAACUAGGAGGAGGAUGGGGGAUGUGCGACCAGGGAGCUCCACCUAUGCGGGGCGCCAGGACCUGUUUUGAGACUCCACCACAGUCCAGUCAGUCCCAGCAGUCGAGCAUGGGUGAGCUUGAUGCAGGGGAAGAAACUUCGGGAAAGUGUGUAAAUGAGUUUCCCAUUACAAUGACGUACUGCUGGUGCCCGCAAUUUAACAUGGCACAAUUACUGACUUUUCAUUAAUUUACUUGUACUAAAAGAAGUAGGAGUACAACAAAGACAGCUGCUGCUAUUGUGGCGCAGAGAGGUUCUCGCCUCCGCACCUGAGGAACACCUGAGCUAGAGAAGGAGGAGAAAGAAGAGGACUUGGGAUGACGUGUUCAAUGAGAUCCUGCAAGCCAGUGCUGCGUGAGACUGAGGAAAGGGUCUGGAGGGUGAACAUUACAGACAGCCUGGGGAAGGAAAAAGCAGAGACGAGAAGGAGAGGGAAAUGCACCAAGACAUAAUGGACCUUCUCCAACAACAAACAGAGAUACUGCAGACUCUUGUGGAUUUAGUUACAACAAUCCCAGUUUUGCCCUCCUUUGCAGUCCAUGGGAAACUCCAUAACAGCACCUCCCUAUGCCCUCCCACCCUACAUUCCAUGUGGUAUCAGGGGCUUUAUCCCUAUCCCUACCACUCUAUCCCAGCAGACAUUAAGAACAACCACAAUCCCAUAAACUGAUCUGUGAAAGCCAUGGUUGUUGUAUAUGUAGAUUAAUGGACAGGAAUGUUCUUUCCACUGGUUGUUCUGUUUCAUUAAUUUAUUAAGUUUUAAUGUAUUUACUUUUAAAUUGCACAGAUUUUUCUUUGCACUGGUUUUGCUACUGAAUAAAAUUAUAUUAUUUGGAAAAUAAUCUUUUAGUUCACAAUACAUGCUUCAGAGUGCCCAGCAAUUCUGAAAGCACCUACUUAAUUGUUACUCUACAGUGUGGCACAACUCAUAGGAUCAGUGACAAACAGCGUAAUAAUCAUAAAUGUACAACAAACACCACAAAAUUAAGAGAUGCAUAGACAGUGCUAUAUUCAUAGAUGUACACCACACAAUUCCUAACAGGCCCCAAAACAGCAGGGCCAGGUAGAGCAGAGUACACCACACAUGACUCUGGCUCACUGUUAAAAUGCUCUUCAAAGCCUCUCUGAGAUGUGUGGUUCAGUGUUGAGCUCUUCUAAUAGCCCUUGUGUUUGGCUGUUCUAACUCAGCAGACUGCCAGUCCACUCUGGCAGAAACUUUUCCCCCUUUGCUUCCCUGAGAUUAUGCAGAACACAGCAGGCAGCUGUAACCAUUGGGAUGUCUUUUUUUCACUGAGAUCCAGUCUUGUGAGUAAACAACACCAGCAUCCCUUCAGUCUUCCAAAAGCACAUUCAACUGUCUUUCUUCACCUUUAAGCGAAUAGCAAAAUCUUUUUUUGGUGCUAUUGGAGUGCUUCAUGAGUCAGGGGAGGAAGGGGUAGGCUGGGUUCCCCGGGAUUGCUAUUGGUAUUUCAACAUCAUGAACAAAAGGAAGUCCCUGCUUGUAGCUUUCUGAACAGUCCUGUAUUUUUAAAGAUGCAAGCAUCAGACACUUCCCUUGACCAGCCAAAGUUAAUGUCAGUGAGGAGACCCUAGUGGUCCUCCAGUGCUUGCAUAACUGUAGAAAAGUAGCCCUUUCUGUUGAUGUACUCUGUGGCAAGAUGGGCUUGUGCCAAAAUAGGGAUAUGUAUACUAUCUUUGCUUCACCUCAAUUCAGGAAUGCCAUUACUGCAAAUCAAUCCAGUAUGUCCUGCGCAUUGCUGAGAGUCACAGUCCUGCAUAGCAAGAGAUGAUUAGUGGCCUUGCACACUUGCAUGAUAGUGGAUUUUCCAACUCCAAAAUGAUUUUGCACUUACCAGUAGCAAUCUGACGCUGCAAGUUUCCACAGUGCAAUCACUACUCUCUUCUCCGCCAUCAGUGCAGCUCUAAUUUUGAUGUCCCUGUACUGGAGGGCUGAGGCAAGCUCGGCACACAGAUUCAGGAAUGUGGCCUUGUGCAUUCAAAAGUUCUGAAGCCACUGCUCGUCAUCCCAAGCCUGCAUUAUGAUGUGAUCCCACCAGUCAGUGCUCAUUUCUUGGUUCCAGAAGUGGUGCUCUACCACCUGCAGUUUGAACACCAGCAACAAACAACUUUGAAUUGGUUCUUGCUAUGUCCCAGAGCAGUCUGUGCUCCAAGAUAUUGUUGUGUUCCCUGCUUAUUUGGUUCGUGUUACGGCUCUGCGAAGAUCAUGUGUCCUGUGCUCACAAUGCUUACAGCAAUAGUGCAGAACUGCAAGCGUCAUGCUUCUGUCAGAAACGGACAUUGAGGAGGGCUGCGUAGGUUCAUGGGGGAAAAGGCAUGAAAAUUAUGGGAUAGAGAUGACAUGGCAUGGAUGGGAUGAAAACAAUUGCAAACUGGGAAGUUGGCCCCUUACCCCCAGUCACCGUGCUUGACGUGUUGCUGCCCCACUAUACAUUGCCAAAACAUCCCAAAAGACAGUGCACUGGGCAGUAGUGGGUUGCACUGAGAUACCUACCAUGUAUUGACACAAGCACUCAUGAGGAUGUGCAAUACUUGUGCAAGGAGGCACGUAUGCAUGCACGAGUGAUGUACUAACAGUGGUAGCUUUAUGCUGAUGUAACUUGCGUCAACCAAAGUUUGCAGUGUAGACAUGGUCUCUGUUGUUUAGCUUCAACCUGUUUUCCCUAAGGAUUCUUUGCUGCAAUAGUGGUGGUUUCAACUCCUAGAUGAGAUGUUGAAAACAUUUUAACUUUUGUAAAUCUUUUGUUUAACCUAUGGGUGAGAUUUUCAAUGAAGUUGGGUACCCAGCUUUCUGAGGCGCUUUUGAAUAUCCCACCCUACCUGCUUAUUUUAGCCUAGGAUUAUCACACAAUCCUUGUAACAUAUUUAUGGGCUUGCUCGGUAAAGCGUAUUGUCAAAACAUUGGGUUAAGUUUAUAACUAUUCCCUGUAUAAGUUGCCCUUACAAUCAUAUGAACUGGUAUUUUUUCUCUAGCUAGGUGUUUAUAUGGCCCCAUCAUUGUACUGUGUGAGCGCCUCCUUUGCAUUUAAAAAUAGAAAUAACAAUAACAAUCUUUCUUCCCAACCUGUAGGAGAAAAAGCUGGUUUAAUUUUAGGGCAUUUUCUGUUAUUGUGUGGUAAUAUUAUAUAUCUGUGUGUGACGAAAGUGAAGGCAAAGAAGAAAUUUUGUAUUCUUGUGAAAGCUAUGAAGUCAACAGUCAUCCUUAUCUGUUGCAGGAGAAAAUUCCAUAGAGUAGGCAACUUUCCUGGGAAAGUUCUGUCUCCCACAGUCAAACUUCCCCCCGUUGGUUGACAGUUUAAAUCAUUUCAGCUGAACCCAGCUGCCAAGGGGAUAAUAUUCACAAAGAAAGAGAUAGGCAUGGCCAGUUCCAUGGAGAGCUUUGACUAACAGGACAAACCUAGAACUCAACUUUCUUCAAUGGGAAGCCUUUACAGAGUGGUGCAUCAGCCCAAUGUGUUCAUGGUGACCUGUGUUUCUAAGCAGUUGGUAUGCUCCAUGUUGUACUAAUUGGAUUGGUUCAGGUAGUGUGGAUUCAUUUUUUGAUAUGAGCCAAAAUAAUCAAGCCUGGAGAUCUUAAAUAGGAUCACCAUAAUUUUGUGGGAUAUUUUGGUGAGGCAUAGAUCACAGUGAGUGGCUUUUUUCAACUAUUGGUGAAUAGACAUUCAGUAACACUGAGUCCAAAAGGAGCCCCAGGCUCAGACCAUCUUAACAAUUGAAGGAUAGAUUUCUACAAUAACAGGAGUUUUAUACAGGAAGCAAGUUCUUCUAAGUGGUUCCCUCUGCCUACCAGCAAAACCACAAUCUUAUUUAGGUUCAACUUUAGCCAGCUAUUCUUGUAUUGUAGGGAGUGGUAUUUGUGGUAUGUCAGUGUUUGGUCCUAGAGGGACAGUGUAAAAAAGGAAGAUUAAUGAAAAAGUUUUAGUCCCGAAAACAAGGCAGGAUAAGCCAUUUUAAAGGCACCUGCAGAAAAAAUUGCAGCCAGGUGAAGGUGAGACCCACCAUAUUAACUAGUACCUAUAGUGCUUUUCUGUUAAAAAAGAGGAGUUUUUUUGUAUCUCUACACAGUUAUUCUUUUGGGAAUUACACACUAGAAUCACAGGGGAUUUUCUUCUGGUGCAGUUUUAGAGGCCCAGAUAGCAUUUCCUAUUUUGGGACAAAAAUAAUGGUACUCUUCUGGCUCCAAAUAUUGAAGGUUAGCUCAGUAUAGGAAUGUUAAUUAAUAGUAUUUAUAUAUGGCUUUGUGUCUGAGGAUGUAAGAGAGCUUUAUAAAUGUGAGCAGCAUUAUUAUCUUUGUUUCCCAGAUGAGGAAGACUGAAGCAGAGAGGGGUUGAGAUUUGUUCAAGAUCACAUUGCUAGUCAGUGAUGGAACUAGGAAUAGCACAUUGUCUCCUGCAAGGAAUAAAACAGAUGAGUCUGCUACAAUGGAGAAAAAGAGAUGUUAAAGAUGGAAUAAAAAUGGUCAGACAUGAAAGUAGAAACAAUAUAUACCUAUAAUUUUUAAAAAAUGUAAAAAAGAUUUAAGUACCGCCUUAUUUCCUAAUUUUUAUAUCUGUUACUGUAGAAAUUAAAAAUUCUAGAUGUAGAUCAACUGGAUGAAUGACAAAUUUUGAAGUUUUGAAAGCUUAAGGCCAUCAGCAAAAAUGACUACAGAAUUGUAAGUCUAAUUUGCAUGAACAAUUACCAGUACUUAACAUGCUCUGUCACAGUAUCUGCACAUACAGGUGGCCAGUUUAAUCAUUUAACUGGUGUUUGUAUGCACAAAUAUUAAAUUCACAUGUGCAGUCAUGGUAACUACAUAUACAAAUUCUGUGUGUGAAUGUUUGCCCAUAUUGCAUGUGGCCCUAGAUUUUUAAUAUUUUGAAAAUCUGAUCUGCUACGUUAGUAUUUUUUGCCAAUAACUCAGUGUAGUGGUAUUUAUUUUCACGAAGGAGAUUUCAUAAAUCCUUUUUCCCGUUAAUAGCUUUUUUGAAAAAACAAGGUAAAAUGGAAAUAUGGACCAUUUCUGUGGAUCAGAGAAUAUUUUAAGGUAUUGUAUAUUUAUUUUAGUCUUUUGUGUUAAUCAUCCACAAACACUUUAUAUAGUGAGGCCAAGCAAUGUGAGGAGACACAGAUUUAUAACUUGCUAAUUACUCAAACACAAAAUAUCUUUCCAUUCUUUGCAGGUGCCCCUAUUAUGCUACCUAUAUCAGGUCGAGACACUGGGUCAAGCCCAGAAUGAUGUGAUAAUUUGAGAAAAUGAGUGAUUUCUCCACACAAACAGAAUAACAAAUGGAUGUUUUUCUUUAGAAAUGUGCUUUUUAAAUUUAAAAUCUAUGCCUUAGAUAUAGGUUUCGCUAACAAUAUCUUGUUACUUAGGUACAAUUCAGAAAUCCACAGAUGAUAUUCAGAAGUUAGUCAAAGCACCACUGAGUUUGAUAUAUGUGACAACUUUACAUGUAUAAUAUUUUUGCAUUGGUUUAAAUUAAAAAUUAGGAAGUUCCUGAAAACUUGAUUCAAACAACUAAAAGAUGUGGAAAUAUUAAAAUAGCUUAGAAAAGGAAAACCAGUAAAUUUAGUUUAGGAAAGUAACUCUCUUUGGGCUUUGUAUAGACAAGUCUAUUUUAAGAAAGCUAUUCUGCUAAUAACUUGCACGUUUCUCCUGAGGUAGGAUUAUCACCUCUUAUCAGUUUAAUAUAUAGUAUAGUAGUAUUCAAGGAUCUAUUCUUUUAUAACUGCUUUGAAUACAUAUUGAGGAGAGACUAGACCUCUACCUUAUUAGCGAAUCUUGUUAACAAUAUUGUUACACACCUUUUUUCCAUGUUUGUUUAUGACACAUGUACACUUAUGUCAAUCCAGUAUGAGACUUAUAUUGAGGCUAACAUAGGAAUCUUCUGUCCUAAGAAACAUUAAUUUCCCCAGGACAGAGAGUCUCUGCUCUCGUCUUUAGAUCUUGGUGAACUAGGUAAGAAAAAGGUUUAGGAGAAAAUAACUUAUUUUACUAAGGCAUGUGCUGAAAUUCAGCUUUUGAUAUUUUCAUAAGUUAUGGAAUGGUAUUUUCUCUUUGACUAAAAUUUACAAUUUCUAGAUUUAGUAUGUAACACUUUGUAACAAAACAAUAAAUAUUUUUACUGCA